CUUUGCUUUCCUCCUUGUGCCUGCCUGUCUGAGUAACUCUUGUCUGCAGCUAUUCCUAGUGUCCUGAGGGAGAGAGAGAAAGCCCAGGAUAGCAGCGGGUGACCCCUGAUGUACAAGUGAUCAUGGGGUCCAGGGUCCGGGUUUUGCUGUGCUCUCUGCUAGCGGGAUUCUCGGUCCUGCUGUUUCUGGGGGGGCAGAGGGCAAAUGGGGAUCUUCCAUACAGUAAGGGAGUCUGCUCCAGGCAGACUUUGGUGGUUCCUGUUCGGUACAACGAAUCCUACAGCCAGCCAAUAUACAAACCCUAUUUGACACUGUGUGCAGGUCGACGCGUCUGCAGCACUUACAGGACUACCUACCGAGUGGCAUGGCGGGAGGUUCGGAGGGAGGUGCAGCAGAUUCAUGCCAUAUGUUGUCAGGGCUGGAGGAAGAAGCACCCAGGGGCGCUGACCUGUGAAGAAGCCAUCUGUCCUAAGCCCUGUCAGAAUGGAGGUAUCUGCGUCCAGCCUGACCAGUGCGAAUGCACCCCAGGCUGGGGAGGGAAGCACUGUCACGUGGAUGUAGACGAAUGCAGGACUGGCAUCAUUCUUUGCUCUCAUAGCUGUUCCAACACCCUGGGCAGCUUUACCUGCAGCUGCCCCAAAGGUCUAGCCCUAGGGACGGAUGGAAGGACUUGUGAGGAGGCCCCCCCUGAGCCACUUCCCAGUCCCAGUAUCCUUAGCUUGACAGUUCGGGAGGCGGAAAAAGAGGAGCAUUCCCUGAGGCAGGAGGUCCGAGAAUUACGUGGGCGGCUGGAGGUCUUGGAGCAGUGGGCAGCACAGGUGAGUGCCUGGGUUCGAGCUGUGCUACCAGUGUCUCCUGAAACGAUCCGGCCCGAGCAAGUGGCUGAGCUGUGGGGGAGAGGAGACCGGAUCGACUCGCUUAGCGAUCAGGUGCUGCUUCUGGAGGAGAAACUGGGCGCCUGUUCUUGUGAGGACAACAGCCUGGGUCCAGGUCUCAACCGCCGCAGAUAAGGGUUAUUUUGGACAUCAACACCGUCUUAUUUCCAACGCCUGCCCCUCUCCACCCCCCACUUGGUAAUUUACAUUGAAAUCCACUAAUGCGAAGGAGACUAGAUGCCGGGAUCACCAAGUUGAUGUGUCGGGAGUAGCUGAAGGAAUGAAAACAGCUGCCGAGGGGACCGGCAAGAACAUUAUUCGCCUCCUGCAAUCCCCCUCCCCCUCCCUUUUA